AUGGAUAUGGCUGAUGCAGUGGUUCUACUUCGCUGCGGUGUCGAGAACGACGCUUGGGGAAAGAAAGGAAAAAAUUCAAUGGUCGCCCAAUUGUGGUCAAAGACUCCGGGGAGUGAGGGGAUUGAUGAGUCUAAGACUUACUCAGAGAUGUGGAUGGGAACGUAUCCCUCGAAUCCAUCUUAUCUCCUAGCCACUGGCGAGCAUCUAGGCGAAUACCUGAAGAAGCACCCCCAGUUGGUGGGCAAAGCGGUUGUCGAUCGCUGGGGCCCGGAGAUACCCUUCCUACCAAAGAUAUUGUCUGUCUCCAAGGCCCUGCCACUUCAAAUUCAUCCAAACUCGAAACUAUCAGCCAAAUUGCACAUGCAAGACCCCAAGAAACACAGCGAUACAAAGCACAGACCGGAAAUCGCCAUCGCACUUUCCAAUUUCGAGUUAUUUGCGGGCUGGAAGCCACUCAGUGAGAUCGAGGCCUUAUUCAACCUGAAGCCGCUGGGAAGAUACGUCUCACCACAAACGAAAUUCGACAACGAGACCCUGCGACAAGUCUGUAAAUCGCUAUUGAGUGCUGACCCGCACACAGUGGCCGCCACAAUCAAAGAGCUACAGAACAUCCCAGAAUCUCAUUUCGGUAACGAUCCCUACAUCCCAGUUCUCCUCGACCGACUCAGCAAGCAAUUUGGCGAACGUGAAAAUGGAAACCUCGUCGCCGCCCUUUUAAUGAACUACAUGGCCCUAGGUCCUGGUGACUCCAUCUUCGUUCCACCGGAUAGUAUCCACGCUUACCUAGAAGGCGACAUCCUGGAAUGCAUGGCCCGAACCGAUAAUGUGAUAACAACGGGCUUCUGUCCUGCCGCCGAGCGCGAAAACGUCGAGCUCUUCGAUCAAGCGCUAACUUUCAACCCUCACAACGCUGAAAGCGCUCUGCUAUCACGUAGAAAGAGCGACAAGGGUAUGAACGGCAAGACGGAUGUUUAUGCGGCCCCGAUCAGCGAGUUUGCAGUCCUGUGCACUUGUCUCGGCGCAGGAGAGAAGGAGACGCACAAGGCCAUUCUCGGACCUAGUUUGAUGAUUGUUGUCAAGGGGUGUGGGGCUAUGAAGAUCCCUGGGGAUCAGACAAUUGAAUUAAAGGAUGGGUUUGUGUUUUUCGUGGGACAGGGCGUUGCGCUGGAUUUCUGCACGCACAAGGGACUGGCGGUUUACCGCGCGUAUGCAGAGUAG